AGGGGAGGGCGCGUGCACGGCCCUGGCCACCGCCUCUUCCGCCGCCUCCUCCUCGCGGGGACAAAGGGCAGGCAGGCUGUGUGGGUCUGGACAUCGGCACCUGCGGACUCCAGCCAUGGCCGGGGCGGAAUGGGAGUCGCUGGAGCAGUGCUUGGAGAAGAACCUGCCACUCGCAGACCUGCGGGAGGUCAAACGUAUUCUCUAUGGCAAGGAGACCAGGGAGCUCCACCUGCCCAGUGGGGCUUUCGAAGCUGCCUCCAAAGGGGACUUUGAGCUGCGGGGCUAUGGCUUUGAGGCCGCUGAGGAGCAGCAGAGGCGGCCCCGGAUCGUGCGCGUGGGGCUAGUUCAGAACAGGACCCCCCUCCCCACCGACACCCCUGUGGUGAAACAGGUCACUGCCCUUCACAGACGCAUCGAGGCCAUCACAGAGGUGGCUGCCACAUGUGGAGUCAACAUCAUCUGUUUCCAGGAAGCAUGGACGAUGCCUUUUGCUUUCUGUACGAGAGAGAGGCUUCCAUGGACGGAGUUUGCCGAGUCGGCAGAGGACGGACCCACCAUCAGAUUCUGCCAGGAGCUGGCGAGGAAGCACGACAUGGUGGUGGUGUCCCCCAUCCUGGAGCGAGACGCAGAGCACGGGGACGUUCUGUGGAACACGGCCGUGGUGAUCUCCAACUCUGGAGCCGUCCUGGGGAAGACCAGGAAGAACCACAUCCCCAGGGUGGGCGACUUCAACGAGUCAACUUACUACAUGGAGGGGAACCUGGGCCACCCCGUGUUCCAGACUCAGUUCGGGAGGAUCGCCGUGAACAUCUGCUACGGCCGGCACCACCCCCUCAACUGGCUCAUGUACAGCAUCAAUGGGGCUGAGAUCAUCUUCAACCCCUCGGCCACCGUCGGAGCGCUCAGCGAGUCCCUGUGGCCCAUCGAGGCCAGAAAUGCAGCCAUUGCCAAUCACUGCUUCACCUGUGCCAUCAAUCGCGUGGGGGAGGAGCGCUUCCCGAAUGAGUUCACCUCUGGGGACGGGAAGAAAGCUCACCGGGACUUUGGCUACUUUUACGGCUCGAGCUACGUGGCGGCCCCCGAUGGCAGCCGCACCCCUGGGCUGUCCCGCAACCGGGAUGGGCUGCUGGUCACUGAGCUGGACCUCAACCUCUGCCGGCAGGUGAAUGACAUCUGGGGCUUCAAGAUGACUGGCAGAUACAAGAUGUAUGCACGGGAGCUCACCGAAGCUGUCAAACCCAACUACAGCCCCAAUAUCAUGAAAGAGUAGCGGCCUUCAGCCCCUGCGCACCAAGGAGGGUACCUCUGCCCACAGCAGAUCAGACAUGCACGAGGCUUCUUCAUGUCCAAAUUCUCUGCUGAUGCCCUGACAACAUUGCUGUCCAGAUUGGUUUAAAAGUGCCCAGGAGGGAUGGGGGCAUGGCUUAGUGGUAGAGCAUAUGCUUAGCAUGCAUGAGGUCCUGGAUUCAGUCCCCAGUACCUCCAUUUAAAAAUAAAUAAACUCAGUUAAACUUUAAAAA